UGAAGCAGAUCAACAGGUUUGACAGCGCCCUUAAAUUUCCUGGUCUUACAAACUAAAACAGGAGAGAAAUAUAUUUUUAGAUGCGGGAAAAGAUUAAACAGCGUGUCAAACAUUUACUGUAAUAAAUUAAAUACCGAAAAUGAGCCGCUCUGAAAUGUGGAAACGCUUCAGCUAAAGCAGCAGAUGUGUUUAUAUGAGGAACAGAGAAGAUGAGUUUAAACUCAUUGGUCCCAGUGGUACAGAGGAGUAUAAUCACUCUGCUGUCACUCUCUCAUGUCGUCUGUCUCCUGAAAUCAGUGCUGUUAACAUGGAGAUCCGGUGGUUUAAGGAGACAGACUGCGUUUGUGUUUAUAAGAACAGAGAGGUGACAGAGGGGAGAGGUUACAGGGGCAGAGUGAGUCUGGACACUCAGGAGCUGGAUGAAGGAAACGUCUCCUUACUGCUGAGAAACUGUACAUGGUCAGAUGAUGGAGAUUACCUGUGUCAGGUCACUGAUGGAGACAGAACACAGGAGAUUACAGUAGAGAUGAGAGGUAAGUGUUCCUGAUCUCCACACUGCAUAAACUCCACAUCAUCAUCUGUGCUUCUCAUCUCAGUACAUGAAACACACACUCAGUAUUCAGUGUGAGGUUCAGUAUACAGGCUGCUAAUGUGGAGUGAAGUUUA